CUAUACUGCCACUGUUGCUGUUUCUGUUGUUGUCAUUCAAGAUCUUAACCUAGCUUCUUCAGUUACCUGCCAAAAAAUGUCUUGCACUACUAAAACGACCGAAAACACUCACGUUAAGAACAAGCAAAAAGACUUGCAAGAAGCCACCUCGUCCAAAGACGAGCAGCAAGUGCUAGAAAAGGUGAAAACCCUUGACAAUGUGUGCACGUUCACCAAGUGCAAGAACAAAACAAAUCUCAUUGCCAUUGACUGCAAGUUCUGCAAAGGGCGAUUCUGUACUAGCCAUGGAUUGCCGGAGAUCCAUGGGUGUGGGGAAGCGGUGAGGCGCGAAGAACGAAGAGAAUACAUGCAUCCCGACCCGAAGUUAUCGCAUGACAAGCACGAACAGGCCCAAACAAAGCUCAACAUGAAACUGCGCCAAAUGCAGCUGGAGCGGAAGUCCAAACAGGGCUUCCAGGACAAAGGAAAAAAAAAGAAAUAAAUGGUAAUAUUAGCUUAAGUUUUAUCUACUACCAUCAUUUAUAAAUAAUAGUAAUAAUUCCCAAAUGAGAAUAA